CUAGUCGCCGCGGCGCUGGGGAGACCGCUGGCCGCGCGAUGCGGCCCGUGGACAGUGACGGGGCGGCGGAGGUGCCAGAGCCCGGGCUUCCGCUGACGGACGACGCGCCGCAGGGCGCCAGUGAGGAGCCGGCGGCGGCAGCGGGGACGCCCGGCCCCUGCAGGUGCUGGGUGUGCGGCAACUCGCCGUGCGGAUCGGGUGCGUCGCAGGAAGCCAAGAAGAAAGCACGCUGUCCUGGACUUGGCUUGUUUUAUACAUUAUUAUCUGCCUUCCUUUUCUCAGUGGGCUCUUUAUUUGUUAAAAAAGUGCAAGACGUCCAUGCUGUAGAAAUUAGUGCAUUCCGAUGUGUGUUCCAAAUGCUAGUCGUUAUCCCUUGCUUAAUAUACAGAAAAAGCGGGUUCAUAGGCCCCAAAGGUCAACGCAUUUUCCUCCUCCUCAGAGGAGUCCUGGGCUCCACCGCCAUGAUCCUUUUGUACUACGCUUUCCAGGCGACGUCCCUGGCCGACGCCACCGUCAUCACGUUUAGUUCGCCAGUGUUCACGUCCAUAUUUGCUUGGAUAUUUCUCAAGGAGAAGUACAGCCCCUGGGAUGCCCUCUUCACCGCCUUCACGAUCACCGGCGUGAUCCUCAUCGUGAGGCCCCCGUUUCUGUUCGGAGCCAGCGCUGCGGGCACGGACGAGAGCUACUCCGUUCACCUGAAGGGCACGUUCGCAGCAGUGGCGCACGCUAUCUUUGCCGCCGUGACCAUGGUCAUCAUCAGAAAGAUGGGGAAGUCCGUGGACUACUUUCUGAGCAUUUGGUAUUAUGUCGUACUCGGCCUCCUAGAGAGCGUCAUCGUCCUCUUCAUCAUAGGGGAGUGGAGUCUGCCAUACUGCGGGCUGGACAGGCUGUUUCUCAUCCUCAUCGGCCUGUUUGGUUUGGGGGGUCAGGUGUUUCUCACGAAAGCCCUCCAAAUAGAAAAAGCAGGCCCAGUGGCAAUAAUGAGGACGAUGGAUGUGGUCUUUGCUUUCAUCUUCCAGAUUAUUUUCUUUAACGAUAUGCCCACGUGGUGGACGGUGGGCGGGGCCCUGUGCGUUGUAGCCAGUAGUACCGGCGCGGCCAUUCGGAAAUGGUGCCAGAGCUCCAAAUGAGGCUGUGGCAGAAGUGCGUUCUUGGUUUCUCUGGGUACCAUCCCUCAGUGCGGACACACCGCGCACGCACACGCCUGGAAAGCCUGCAUUUCCUUCACUGAUUAUAUUUAAUAAAUUUCAUAAUUAAAGUACCAUUUUUGAAUAUGCUAUGUCUUUAAUUAGCUAAGAGUUAGCCAGUGUGGUCUAGCAAUUACUUUUUUCUCAAUUAUGUUUUGGUUUUGGUUUGGUUUCUUACUUGCUGUUGUUGGGGUGGUGAUGGUAGGAGAUCAGGUCUUUAGUUGAAGAAAAACUGCAAAAUGUUUUAUGACUCUGGUAUAAAUGUAAUUUUUUAAAGUGUAUUUUUGGUACUGAGGGGAUAUAGGUGGGGAGGAAACUUUAGAUGUUCUUUUAGCAGUGUAAAAGCUAAGAAACUUAUUGAUAAUAAUGCUGCUAUGAUUAGAUUAUGUCGGUAAUUUGUUUGGAACCUAAUUCCAUUUAGGAGGCCAAAGCUGAAACUUGGAAAAGGUGCCUACUUAAUGGUGUUAAUAAUACAAAUGAAUUAGCCUUAUUUCCAAGGCUUUUAUACAUGGUUAUUAUUCUUUUAACACACGAGUGCCUUUUCAUUUUGAUGCCAGAAUUUUUAUAUGUAAAGUUUAAAAAGUUUUUAAUCACCAGGUUUGGCAAAAGUUUUCUGUUUUGGUGGCAUUCACAACUGUAGCUAUCAUUCUGUAAUUUUAAUUGUCCUCUGGUUUUGGUUUUUUUGUGUGUGUGUGAAACUGCACUACGUUUUUCUUAACUUUCUGAGAUUUCAGGUCUUUAAGCCGCAAGAGAGAAAUCUUGGCAAAACCAGUGUGCACAUUUCCAUCCUGAAGUAUUUCCCCCUCACUAGAAAUGUGAUUUUCUAUAAAUUCUUUUUGAAUUUAUAGUGUGAUGCCAAAUACAAUUUUCUCAGGAUUUUAUUAGGUUGAACCAUAUGAAAUUGCCAAGAUUUUACCUUUUUAACUUAUAAAAACCAGAGUUCAUUAUGGUUCAUCCUAAUAGAUACCUCCCUUACCCUCUCUACACCAAAUAUUUAGAGGACUUUGGCAUAUAUUUUUUUAAAACAACUUUUUAAAAUGCAGUAAUCUUAUUAAACUUAUUUUUAUAGUGUUUUCCCCUUAUGGAAUUAUAUGUAAUAAUGCUUCAUGUUAUAUGUUAAAUGUAAAGACCUGUGAAUCCAUGGUUGAUUGACUUCUGUAGUGUCUUGUAUAAUA